UUUAAGUGAUUUGUAGCCUGUUGCGUGCUUCUUCAUAGUUCAUUCAAACUAGUUCCGCGAAACAGUCUGCCUAGCGAUGAUGCAAAUGAACAAUAUCAACCUGACCGACAGCAUGACGUGGGAAAAUGUUCCACGGCGCCCGACAUCGGUGAAUUACAAAUACACCACGCAGAAGGAAAUGCCUGCAAGAUUUAUUUUCGAAUGCGCUCAAAAACUGGAAAUGAAACCGCUCACUUCUGCCACGGCGGCAAUCCUGUAUCAUCGGUUUUUCAGAGAACUUGACGACACAGAAUAUGAUCCGUAUAUGAUCGCCUGUUCAUGUCUGUAUCUGGCUGGUAAAAUAAAGGAUGACAAAGUAAGGAAACGAGACGUUAUCAAUGUAGCCCACAACACAAUUAACCGGGAUGCCACGCCACUGGAACCAUGCGACGAGUAUUGGUCGAUGUGGGAUACGAUAGUGCAGGCCGAACUGUUUAUUGCCCGCAUGCUCAAGUUCGACAUGACGAUUGUGCAUCCGCAUAAGUACAUGCUGCACUAUAUGAAAUCGCUACAAGAUCUGUUCGGUGCCAAGGAGUGGCACUCGAUGCCUGUUGCAAAGGCUGCUGCCGCUUUCUUGCAAGACUUUCACCAUAGUAGCAAAAUUCUCGAUUACAAACCAGCCCAUACUGCUGUCUGCUGUCUUGCACUAGCCUUCCAAGUGUAUGGCGUGCAGGUGCCGUUGAUGGACGAGACGGAUGAGACCACCAAUUGGUACAAUGUGUUCUGUCCGGAACUUACGCGCGAAACGUACUGGGAAAUAUUGGAAAAUGUAAUGGACGUGUACGAUAUUGACACCAUAAUGAACGAGAACUAAAAUGCUAUUUCAUUGACAUGCUACUUCG